AUGAGGGCGUAUGCGUUGGCAGCUGCAGAACGAAUGAAAGAGCUCCAAAGACUUGAUGCCAAGGAGCACAGAGGAAAGACUCCUCUGCUGGUGGCUGUCACUGCCAGACAGCCAGCUAUUGUCCACGAUUUGAUUCAGAUAGGAGCAGAUGUUAACGCCGUAGACAACAAGGGGCAGUCAGCUUUACAUCUUGCUGCAACGUACGGGUAUGCCCAGGUUCUCCAGGUUAUACUGUCACUAGGUUUUCCUCUCGAUUUAGAAAUGAAGGAUUUUGAAGGCCAUACGCCACUGCACUGCGCCGUCCUGGCCCAUAACGGCCUGCUCUGGGAGCAGCGGGGUCGCCGCACGACAGCGGAGCAGCAGCAGAAGGAUUUUCAGCACCGGAGCGAAGAGCUGGAGUCCUGUAUCCACCUCCUGGUGCAGACGGGAGCCUCCAUCUACAGCCGGGAUGUGAAAAGCAACAAGACGGUUCUUCAUUAUACAGUCCAGGAUGGGAACAUCUCCCUGCUCAGAUACUUCCUGGAGCUGAACUCUUUCAAGUCCAAGGACUUUGUCAACAACAAGGCUCAUGGCAACACAGCUUUGCAUAUGGCAGCUGCAUUGCAUCGUGACAAGAACCAGAAAGAAAUCAUCCAGUUGCUCCUUGACCAUGGGGCAGACCCGAGCAUCCGAAACUUGGACAACGAUCAGCCAAUCCACAUGGCUCCUUCUGGGAAGGCUGGGGAUCAGUCUUUAAAACAGGAUGGGGUGACAGUGUUUCUCAACCUGUGGACCAUCAGCAGCAUGUAA